CGCGGCGCGGCCGGAGCAGGGCCGCCGCCCCGGGGAGGGACCGCUGCGUUGCAUUUCAGCUCUCCGACUCUGCCCUGCCCGGCCUUAGGGAGGAAGCGCCUUCCCUCCAUUCCUCCUACGAGACAGCGUACGCACGUGCACGGCGGACCUGGAGGAGCUGUUACUACGUGUUCUUUUGAUCUCCGCAGAGGCCGCUUCCUAAUUUCUUUCUGCUUUGGAAUGACCAAGAGUCACAGCACAGCCUGCACUGCGUGAACUGGUGGAUCAGCUCUAUUCGUUUCGAGACUGCUAUUUUGAGACACACAGUGUUGAGAAUGCUGGGCAGAAGCAGCAGGAUGUGCGGGAAGAGAUGGAGAAGACCCUGCAGCAGAUGGAGCAAGUAGUAGGUUCUGCUCAGGGCAAGGCACAGGCUCUGAUGCUCACCGGGAAGGCACUGAACGUGACUCCUGACUACAGCCCGAAGGCGGAGGAGCUCCUCUCAAAGGCCGUGAAGCUGGAGCCUGAGCUGGUGGAAGCCUGGAACCAGCUGGGCGAGGUGUACUGGAAGAAGGGGGACAUCGCAGCUGCCCACACCUGCUUCUCAGGAGCCCUCACCCACUGCAAGAACAAAGUCUCCCUGCAAAACCUGUCAAUGGUGCUGCGCCAGCUGCGGACUGACAGUGGAGAUGAACACUCUCGCCAUGUCAUGGACAGUGUCCGGCAGGCCAAGUUGGCUGUGCAGAUGGACGUCCUGGAUGGCCGCUCCUGGUAUAUUCUAGGAAAUGCGUACCUUUCUCUUUACUUCAAUACUGGCCAGAACCCCAAGAUCUCCCAGCAAGCCCUCAGUGCCUAUGCCCAAGCAGAGAAGGUGGACAGGAAAGCGUCAAGCAAUCCUGACCUUCAUCUGAACAGAGCGACGCUACAUAAAUAUGAAGAGAGUUAUGGGGAGGCCCUGGAGGGCUUCUCUCAGGCUGCAGCACUGGACCCUGCCUGGCCAGAACCACGGCAGCGAGAACAGCAGCUCGUGGAAUUCCUGGAUAGACUAACCAGUCUCCUGGAGAGCAAGGGAAAAGUGAAGAACAAAAAGCUGCAGGGCAUGCUGGGAAGUUUGCGCCCUGCCCAUCUAGGCCCUUGUGGCAAUGGGCGCUAUCAGUCAGCCUCUGGGCAGAAGGUGACCCUGGAGCUGAAGCCCCUGAGUGCGCUGCAGCCUGGUGUGAACAAUGGGGCCGUGGUCCUGGGGAAGGUGGUGUUCAGCCUUACCACAGAGGAGAAAGUCCCCUUUACCUUUGGCCUGGUCGAUUCCGAUGGACCUUGCUAUGCAGUGAUGGUUUACAAUAUGGUCCAGAGCUGGGGAGUGCUCAUUGGGGACUCUGUAGCCAUUCCUGAGCCCAACCUUCGUCUUCAUCAAAUUCGGCACAAGGGAAAGGACUAUUCCUUUUCCAGCGUCCGUGUGGAGACCCCCCUCCUGCUGGUGGUGAACGGCAAGCCUCAGGGCUCCAGCAGCCAGGCUGCUGCCACAGUGGCAUCGCGGCCGCAGUGUGAGUGAGCUUCCCUGACUGGCAUGCUAAAGAGGAUGCUGACCGAGGAGCCCGCUCCAGGCGUGCGCAGCCGGACCAUCUGAGACCCCGCCAGGGUGGGGGACAUGUUUCAAACGAAAACUUUGCCCUCCUCUGUCCUGUAAGGCACGCUGCGUCUGGUCUGUCUCCUGUCAUCAUGUUUGAACCUUCUCCAGGGCUACGCACUCCCCUGGUGUAUCUCUCCGGCCUCCUUCCCUGCUCUCUUUGUCUUAGGCAAAGAGCACGGAAUUGGUAGAAGUGUUGGGAACCUGCCGUGGGACAGAAACCCCAAGGUUUCUGUUCUUGCCUCCUUCCUGAGCCUCAUAUGUAUAUAUCAGUUCAGUAUUUAUUGCUAAGGGAGGGGCUUAAUUUUUAAUGGCUUGGUUUUUGAGCAUUUUUUAUGUUUAAAGUUUAGGUCCAUUCCCUUCUUUGGGGCUGGAACAGAAUUAAAUUUGUUUGGAAAUAAAGAAACCCUGUGGUUUGACCCGCUUCAUUUUUUCCAGUCUUGGAUUUUUAAAGAAUCACUUUCAUUCAUUCAGUAGGGUAAUUCUGCCCCCUCCUCCCCUGGCUGCUUAUAGUUUAUUUCUCUCCCAGUUAAAAGACUUCUGGCAGUACACAGCCCAGGGCAGGAGUGGCAGCUUUACAAAGUUGCUGAAUCUCCCUUUAUUUCCUCCCAUUUUUCCAUUCUGUCAUCCCUAGCAUGGUCCAAUAUGAUAGAGCAAUAUUAUGUGAAAGUGUUAGUAGGCUGAGAUCAGAGAAAGAAAGAUACUCGUUUCUUUAGAUUCUAAUGAUAUAUUUUAUAACAAUUUCUCUUAUCCCUAUGGAUAAAAUGGGGAAAUGUGAGUGAGAAUUAGUAACUAGUUGACUGACUUGUACACUGAUGUAUACAGAUGAGUCUGGAAGACUUCUAGUGAUAUAGCUCAGGUCUUUGUCCUUGGUCCAGUUCUGUUCCAUGCCUGAAUGGAAUGACUUGAAUAUUACUGAUGAUAUUUAUAAAGAAUGUAAAACAUAGAGGAUUCCUAAGAGAACGGAUGAUAGGACAAAUGUCUAGCUAUCUUGUCUAAACCAGUGUAAGGGCUGAAUCUAUCAAGACAAAAUUUUGAAGUCCUUACUUUUGUUCUCCAAAGACUUUCUGAGUUGUAUGUUCAACGUCAUAUAUGAAAAUUGUUAGGAAUUUUAAUAGAUGAAGUCAGUAUGAGUAGUGUGAUAUAGUUGUUAAAAAACUCUUCUUGGACAGCACCAAGGAACCUCUCUGUGAUAGAUAGCCGGAGAGAGUUUUUCAUACUGUCUGACCGAUCACAUGUAUAGUCUUGGAUUCAGUUUCUGGUGUUGAUUUUGAGGCCUUCAGUCAUAGAAGAAUGUUCAGGAGCUUUUGGGGGGAUACCAAAAUCUUAAGGAAUAGCUGAAAGCACUGGGGUACGGUUGUGAGUGAGCAUUAAAGGCAACAAGGAGAUGAGACCCAGUAACUGGCCCCCUUUUACUCAAGUCUUGAGAUGAUUUGGCAUCUUCUGUGCAGAGCCAGAAUUGAAAAAUGAGCAGUAGGUGGUAAUGAGAGAGAAGCAUUAUAUAAAAACAAGUAAGUAUGCAAGAUGUUUAUAUAUGCUUUAAAGAAUAGUUUGAAUACUUAUAGAAUACCCACCUGCCUUAAAACCUGAUACCUUGGAAGCCUUUUUGUGCCUCUCCAUGACCUCAUCUCAAUUUGCUUUCACAGCUAUAUAAUACCUCGUUGUAUGAUUAUAUCUCAACUCAUUCAUCCUAUGUUGAAUGGAUAUUUGGAUUUCCAAUUUAUUGUUUGCCAUAAAACCACUGAUUUUUGUGCAUGUCCUGGUAUAUAAGUACAGAAGUCUUGUUUAUAGCUGUGAUACUUAGAGUGGUCCCCAGACCCACAGCAUCAGCUUACCUUGCAGCUUCCUAGAGAUGCAGAUUCUCAGGUCCCUGUCCAGAUUUACUGAACCCAAAGUUCUGGGGAAGAGCCCAGCAGUGUGUGUUCAGCACACCUUCCGGCAAACUUGAUGGAUGCUAAUGUUUGAGAACAACUGUUUCAGACUAUUCUCACAAGAAUGGAUUGGCUGGAUCAUAAAGUAUAUACAUGUUUGAUGUUUUUGAGAAAUACCAAAUAUUUCUAAAGUGCUUGUACCAAUCUUUGCCUCUGGUAUCAAUGGAUGAGCCUCCGUAAGAAUCUGUGUCAUCUUCUAAGCUUAGUGUUGUUGAGCCUUUUGGGUAUUGCAAAUAGAGGGGUUUGAAUGAGCCACUGAUAUUUUCUCUUGGCAAAAUGCUUAUUCAUGUUUUGUUCACUUCUGUAUUAGAUUUCAAAUUGAUUUGGGCCGUCUGUAUUUCCCCAUACUAAUGUGUUGUCAGUUUAUGCGCUGCAAAUAUCUGAUCAUUUUUAGCUUCUCUAUUCACUCUAUUAGAUCUUUUUUUAAAAAAUUGUAUUUAUUUAUUAGAAAGGUAGAUUGACAGAAGGGGAGAGACAGAGAAGAAAUCUUCCAUCUGCUGGUUCACUCCCCAAAUUCCUGCCACAACUGGGACUGGGCCAGGCUGAAGCCAGGAACUGGAAUUCCAUGCAGGUCUUCCAGGUGGAUGACUGAGUCUCGAGUACCUGAGCCAUCAUCUGCCUCCUCCAGGGGCAUCAGCUGGAAGCUGCAUCAGGAGCAGAAGUGGGACUUGAUUCUAGAUCUCUGAUGUGGGGUGCAAGCAUCCCAAGAAGUGGCACUGUAGCACCUGCCCCAUUAGGUCUCCUGAACAGAAGUUCCUAAUUUCAAUGUAAUUGAAUUUAUCCAUCUUUUAUGGCUAUGCUGCUUGUAUUUAAUAAGUCUUUCUCGCCUGACGCCGCGGCUCACUAGGCUAAUCCUCCGCCUUGCGGCGCUGGCACACCGGGUUCUAGUCUUGGUUGGGGCACCGGAUUCUGUCCCGGUUGCCCCUCUUCCAGGCCAGCUCUCUGCUGUGGCCCGGGAGUGCAGUGUAGGAUGGCCCAAGUGCUUGGGCCCUGCACCCCAUGGGAGACCAGGAGAAGCACCUGGCUCCUGCCUUUGGAUCAGCGCGGUGUGCUGGCUGCAGAGCGCCGGCCGCGGUGGCCAUUGGAGGGUGAACCACUGGCAAAGGAAGACCUUUUUCUCUGUCUCUCUCACUGUCCACUCUGCCUGUCAAAAAAAAAAAAAUAAAAAAUAAAAAAAAGUCUUUCUCUAUCCUGAAAUCAUAAGCACAUUACCCCUCUACUGUUUUUGUUUUUAAAAUUCUUUUAUAUUUAGUCUGUCAUUUUAUUUGAAAGACAGUUAGAGAUCUUCCAUAUGCUGAUUCACUCCCCAUGUGCCCACAACAGC